AUGGUCGUGACGCACCCACAAACGGGGCACCAGCUGAACAUCGGCCUCGAUGUAAUCGCCGUCCCUCGCCUGCGCGCCUCGCUCGAGCUAGCGGAGGUGUCAGGCUGCGACUUCGUGCUUGCGCCGCUGGCACAUCCGCGCUACGAGCGCAUGUCGGUGCACGCGUCUCCGCCGGCCGUCCCUGCAUCACCGGACCUCCCGCCGCGCAUCAUCCGCACGGACCCGCUGACGCGCUCCGACCUCGAGCUGUCGUCCGGCGAGUGGAUGGCCGGCGUCGUCGCCAAGCUCUCGCCGUGGAUCCGACCGGACUCGCCGCACACGGCCCUGCGCACCGCGUCCGAGGCCGCGUUUGCGGAGGAGGUUUCCUUCGCCGCGCACAUGAGCUUGCGCGCGCUCGUCAUCCCGCCCCCGAAUGGCGGACGCUCGGGCGUGGCCAAUCUGGCCCGCUGUCUGUCCGCGGCUUUGCUCGCAGCCCCGACUCUUCAGCUGUGGCUCCGCUUGCCGGUUGUCGAUUUGCCGGGCAGGGUGCCGUUGUCGUCGUUUGCGGCGGAUGAGACCAGCGUCGAGCUCCCGUCAGAGGACGAGACUGAUCCGUGGGAGGUGUGGAAUGUUAUUCGCACCAUGUGCGGGGAGCACCCCAAUCUCGGCGUCGCACUGGAGCUCACGCCUGACUUGCCGUUGCGUCCGUUGCUGGAGCGCUGGAUCGCAGAGCCGGUCCGCGUGGUUUUGCUGUCGACCUCGUCGUAUGUCACCAAUAAGGUUGGAUACCCGGUCCUCUCCAGGAAGCACCAAGAUUUUAUUAAGACCAUGUUCAAGAUGCGCCCUUUCUUCGCCCUCACGGGCAGAGCUCACAAGGUCAAAGGCGGCGAUGGUUACAGGCCCUUUGUCCAAUAUCUCGCACAUUUGUUUGGCAAGAUGCCCGAUAGUUCUGAAGCAGAGACAUACGAGGCACCGUACUAUGACUAUUUGCAGGCCCCAUUGCAACCGCUCGCCGACAACUUGGGAAGUCAGAUGUAUGAGACUUUUGAGAAGGAUCCGGUCAAAUAUUCGGCCUAUGAGCAAGCCGUAAGAAUGUGCUUAGUUGAUAUGCAAACGGGGAAAGAAGGCAAGGAAAUCGUCAUUAUGGUUGUCGGCGCGGGACGUGGGCCGCUCGUCAAGCGCUGCUUGGACGCUGCAGAGUCGACAGGCAUCAGCGUCAAGGUGUAUGCCGUCGAAAAGAAUCCUAACGCAAUUGUCACGUUACGCAACAUGCAGCGGGAGCCUGGCUGGGAAAAUGUCACCGUUGUGCCGGGCGAUAUGCGCACCUUGAAGAGCGAGGUCAAAGCCGACAUUUUGGUGUCUGAGUUGUUGGGAUCGUUUGGUGACAACGAGCUUUCACCCGAGUGUCUCGAUGGCGCAAACAGUUUGCUGAGGGAAGGCGGGGUUUCUAUUCCUUGCAGCUACACCAGUUUUCUUGCCCCUCUGUCUUCGACCAAGUUGCACAAUGAAGUCAAGGCAUAUGGUGAUAGCAUGAAAGAAAUGGAAACUUCAUAUGUGGUGAAGAUCCAUCGGGGUAAGCUCGUUGCCGCGCCACAACCUGUGUUUACGUUUACGCACCCAAACAGAGCAGUGGUAAUCGACAACUCCAGAUAUACCAAGCUAGAAUUUUGCGUGUCAGAGACGAACAUCGUACAUGGCUUUGCAGGCUUUUUCGAGACAGACCUUUACAAGGGGAUUAAGCUUUCGAUCAAUCCUGAGACGUUUUCGGACAGGAUGUUUUCGUGGUUCCCGAUUUUCUUCCCAAUAGCUUCCCCAGUUUAUGUUAAGGGUGGACAGACGCUUACUGCGCACAUGUGGCGAUGCGUGUCGCCGUCAAAGGUAUGGUACGAAUGGUGCGUGACAGAUCCGUCAGUGACGGUGAUUCACAACCCCAACGGACGUUCGCAUGCAAUGAGCAAAGGCUCAUGAGCUCUGACUUUUGGAACGAGCAUAUAAAUUAAAAUUAUGCAAUACUGCAAUGGGCCGCGCGAUGCUCUACUUGG